CCCUGCGGAGAGUCGAAAGGCCGAGAGGCGAUGCAGGGAAGAGUCACGUUUCUGAGAGGGAAGUGAAAUAAAGAGGGCGGCACCGGGGGGACCUGUGCGUCAUUGAGGGACCGCGGAGCGGCCAGUGCGGAGGCGUGGGGGCUAGGAGCCGGAGGGGCAGCCGAACCCCUGAGCCUGCUGCCCGUCCCGCUGCCCCGCAGCCUGUAAACUAGUAGGGCACAAGAUGUGGCAGGCGACCCCGCCCCGACCCCGCGUGUCCUGUCGCUGGGCGCCGGCCCUGCUGACCCUGCUGGCCCUGGGCGGUGUGGGGCUGUGCCACUCGAGCUCGCAACCUGGGUACCACGCGCGGCCCAGCGCCAGGAACAAGAACUGGUGCGCCUACAUUGUGAAUAAGAACGUGACCUGCACAGUGCAGGAAGGAAGCGAGAGUUUUAUACAGACUCAGUACAACUGUCCCUGGAACCAGAUGCCCUGUCCAUCCGCUCUGGCGUAUCGAGUAAACUUCAGGCCCAGGUUUGUCACUAGGUACAAGACAGUGACACAGUUGGAAUGGAGAUGCUGUCCUGGCUUUAGAGGAGCAGACUGCCAAGAAGGCCCCAAAGACCCCCUGAAGACUCCCCGGCCCCCAUCUGCUCGACCAAGAAACAACCUGAAGAAAGCUACAGAUACUCAUCCAAGCCGAGUCUCACAGCCUAAGGAAACGUCGUCACCAACAGAUACGGCAGAACCAGGUCGGGCAGUGGACCCAAAGCAAGCGAAAGUUCAGGUGCUGGAGGAGAAGGUUGUCCGACUCACCAGGAUGGUGCUGGAUCUUCAGUCCUCCAUGGCAGGACUGAAGAAGAACCUCAAACACACCAUUCAAGAUGACGGCAGCAAAGGGCCAGCCCCAUGGCGGCUGGGUCCCCCGCACCCACAGCCGACCCCUGACAGCACCUCUGUGGGAGACACAGAGCCGAGCCAGCUUCCUGGGCUCCUCAGUAGCAAGGAAUCUGGCAUGAAGGACAUCAAGUCUGAACUGGCUGAAGUCAAGGACACCCUGAAGACCAAGAGUGAUAAGCUGGAAGAACUAGACGGGAAGGUAAAGGGCUACGAAGGGCAGCUCAAGCAGCUACAGGAGGCUGCGCAGGGCCCCACGCUCACCAUGACAACCAACGAGCUGUACCAAGCCUAUGUAGACAGCAAGAUAGACACCCUGAGAGAGGAGCUCAUGGAAGGCAUGGACCGCAAGCUGGCUGACCUGAAGAACACAUGUGAGUACAAGCUGGUAGGCCUGCAGCAGCAGUGUGAUGACUACGGGAGCAGCUACCAGGGCGUGAUAGACCUGAUCGGGGAGAAGGAGGCCAGCCUGAGAAAAGACAUCGCCGACCUUGGAGCCCGGCUGCAGGACCCCUCAGCCCAACCACGCUGCUGUGACAGUCAAAGGAACGGUGACCUUGGCCAACAGAUCAAGACGUUAGACCAGAAAAUUGAGAGAGUUGCUGAGGCCACCAGGGUGCUGAACGGACGGCUGGACAAUGAGUUUGACCGUCUCUCCAUCCGGGAGCCGGAUGUGGACUUCGACGCAAGAUGGGAAGAACUGGACGCGAGGAUCAACGUGACGGAGAAGAACUCAGAAGAGCAUUGCUUCUACAUCGAGGAGACCCUCCGGGGGGCCAUCAACGGUGAGGUAGAUGACCUGAAGAAGCUGCUCAAUCAGAAAAUCCACUCCCUGGAAGACCGGCUGGGGAUCGUUCUUCAGGGGGCCAACAGCUCAGAUGUGGAGUUGCCAUCAGUGGGCCCUGCCUUGCCGGGGCCGCGGGGGGCAGGGAACGAGGAGGUCCUAAUGGAACUGAACCGCCUGAAGGACAAAGUUCAAGUGGUUGAGGACACCUGCCUGCAGAGCUUGCCUCAUGGGCUAGACGGUACUUUGCAGAGUGGAGAGGACCUCACACAUGUCAGCCUGAGCCUUUUGGAGUCCCUCAACGACACGAUGCACAGGCAGUCCCAGGAAACUGGGCGCAGCAUCCAAAAACUUCGGGAGGACCUCCGCUUCCUUCAUUCUCAACUGAAUCACUCAGAGUGCACGGGGACUCGCUCGCCCAGCAGAAUGAGUAAUGGCGGUGGAGCAGGUGGCAGUGGCAAGGGGUUCACUAAGACGGGGAAGCGAGAGAGGACAGGGGGGACCACCCCACCUCCCAGGGCCCCUGUGGCGCCAUGCUGUGGCCAUCUGGAGGAGCGCUGGCAGAGGCUGCAGAACCAAGUGCUGGCUGAGCUGGACACUUGUAGGGAGAGUGCUCAGGAGGUUCAGAGCGGGGUGUCUGCGGUCCAGGGUAGAGUGUCGCAACUGGAGCAGACAUGCGGCAGGCUGAAUGCCAUCUCGGGGGGUCUGCAGAGGAUCAAGGAGGGGCUCAGCAAGCAUGUAGGCAGCCUGUGGGACUGCAUCCGGCAGAUGAACGGGACGCUCAGGUCACAUUCCAGAGAAAUCUCUGGCCUCAAGAAUUCCGUGCAGCAAUUCUACAGCCACGUUUUCCAGAUCUCUACAGACUUGCAAGACCUGGUUAAGUUUCAGCCAUCAGCAACAGAAGAACCUUCUGAAACAUCUGAACCCACCAGACCUUCAGAAGAGGCCCCCACUGAGCCACCCAACCUGACCCCACUGCCAGAGGACCCUGCCAGACCACCACAGACAGGCCAGUGGCCAGUAUUGCCCCAGAGGCCCCUGCAGCCACCCCCUUUACCUGCCUGGCCUGGCCGCUCAGGGUUGCCCUUCCUGCCUGGCUCUAGUGGGGUCAUCAUGGAGACUGGAGAAGCUGGGCCUCCAGGCAGGAUGGGCAUGUCCGGGAGGGGCCUGCCCCAGGGAGUGGAUGGACAGAUGGGGCAGGGGGCCAUCCCCAGCUCAGAAGGCUAUGCAGGUGCACCUGGCUACCCCAAGUCACAUCCUGUAGCCACCUCAGGGGUACCACUGCCUGCCCUGGUGUCCUUUUCAGUCGGUCUCACCCAGAAGCCUUUUCCCAAAGAUGGAGGUGUCGUCCUCUUUAACAAGGUGCUGGUAAAUGAUGGGGAUGUCUACAACCCCAAAACUGGAGUCUUUACUGCACCUUAUGAUGGGCGCUACUUGAUCACAGCCACCCUCACCCCGGAGAGAGAUACCUAUGUGGAAGCAGUCCUGUCCGUUGCCAACGCCAGCGUUGCCCAGCUGCACACAGCUGGAUACAGGAGAGAGUCCCUGGAAUAUCAUCGUCCUCCUGGGGCUGUGCACACCUGUGGGGGCCCGGGCGUCUUCCACCUCAUCGUGCACUUGAAGGCAGGAGAUGGAGUCAAUGUGGUGGUGACUGGGGGCAGGUUGGCUCACACAGACUUUGACGAAAUGUACUCCACCUUUAGUGGUGUUUUCCUGUAUCCUUUCCUUUCCCACCUUUAGGGAAGUCUGGAGGGGAAGGUUGUAAAAACUCUUAAGGCUUUAAUAUAUACAUUUUAUGUAACUGGAACACUGGUCUAGUUUGCUACACACACUCCACCUGUCCGCAGGAUAAAGCUCUUACCUCACUGUAGACUGCUACCCCUUUAGGAGUUUCCAGAUAGUCUUGGAAGGGACACACUGUUAAUGUGGCCUCCCUUUUUCUGGAACUCUAACUGGGCAACCAGAAGAUUUAGUAAAUCCCUUUGGCUAGAAGCUGGCUUCUCCUGGGCUGGGCCUAUGUGGUGCUACCUGUGGAUGCUCCCUGACUGGGCUGGGCCUGUAGCUGGCCUUCACCAGAGAACACUGGAGCAGAUGAUUCUCUUUAAAUGCUAAAAUGCUGAUGUGGCCUGGACCCAGAGUUUAAUCUGGGCUGUCCCACACUUGGCUUGCAGUUACUGUCUGGGCCCUGCUACAAAAGGGGGAUGUAACAGACAUUAUUUAUGAAGCUCAUUGGGCUCCUUAAUGACAUGUACAAUAUAAGUGCAAAGACAGGGAGCAUCAAUAAAGAUGUCAAAAUCA